AGGCCGCGGUGGCCGCCGCGGCGGCGGCGUGCGACGCCGCCGUCGCGCCGGCGCCAAAGCAGGCCCGCCCCGCGCCGGGCGGGCAGGCGGAGUCGCCGCCGAAGAGACCGCGCGUGGCCGAGCACGGGGCCCCCGCGACGUCGCCGGCGUCGUCCACCACCACCGCGAGAGGAGCCGCGGGAGCCGCAGGCGACCGCCGCCGCGUCCUCGCAGACCCCCGUCAAGGUUCCAGCGAGCGCGGUUGGCUACGGGGCCCCGUCGAAGGACGAGAUGACCGACGCGCUGAAGGCUGCCGCGAAUCGCUACGCGCCAGAGUUGCCUCCAGGGUUGACAUGGGGCUACUUCGACAAGGCCCGCAAGCAGCUGUACGUUUUCUGCAGCACUUGCAAGCAGUACGUUGACGUGAUCAAGUUCAACAUGAACACGAAUACAUUCGAGGCCGAGGACGGGUGCUGCCCGCACUGGACCGGCCAGGUCAAGGGCGAUUUCUAUUCGCAGGCCAGGAAGGCUGCCGGCGUCUAGCACGAGGUGCUCCACGAUCACGGUAGUGCGCUGGUCGCCGUGCGUGUUUCUGUGCUUUGCCCCUAUUGUAGAGUAGUCGCAUGCGCCUCGAUUUCAACGAUGUGUUUAUACCGAAGACGCGCGCAGUAGAAUGCGCAGAUCGCUGCGAGCGAGCGCACGUAGGAACGCUUAGCGCGUGUUUCAGAAUCUCCGCAGGACCUUCUGCCCUCCACUCUCUGCUCGUCCAAGCAGCACUUCAGAGUUGGAGUCGAGCUGGUCAGAGUGAGUCAUGCCGCGAGAGUCUGGUGGAAUCGAGUUAGUCAGCUUCAGGCCGAGAGGCGGCGGAAGCCAGGACGCGGCAUGCGUCCGUUCGCUGCGAGCGAGCGCCAGUCGGAGAAAAAUCGGGGGGCUGCUUCGAUUCCGUGGCGCUGCAGGGUCCACGGCGGGCCAGGCCCGAAUGCGUAUUUGCUCGGCAGGGUCGAAGGGUGCAUGUAUCGCCACGCUUCCGGAGCGCGUCUCUUGAGACGCGUGCGAGGCUAUCCUGGCAGGGCCCA